CAGUUCAGCAGAAAUGAACUGACACUUCAGGCAGAGAGAAGACAAACCGUCCAAGAAACAGAAUGACUGAGUUCACAUCAGCUCAACUGUCUUUAUGUCUGAUUCUGGCACUGAAGUUUACAGUAACAAAGCAAAGUUCUUCUUCUGUCAUCGUGAGAGGAGGAGAUGACGUCCAGUUGGCCUGUGAAAACAUGAUGGGUCCGAUUCACUGCUUACGGAUCCACUGGCUCUUCAGUAAAUCAGCUGAGAGAUCAGCAGUAGAUCUGGUUAAGUUUGGUCAGACGAAUCAAACUCAGGCUGCCAGAGAAAGAGCAGACAGACUGAGAGUCUCACCAAACUGCUCUCUGAUCAUUCAGAGGGUCAGCGCUGCCGACGUUGGGACGUAUUACUGCCAACAAGUUGAAAAGACAGACCAGAAGGAGAACAGACACACUGUCGCUUUGUCUCUGGUUAACAUUACUGAACAGAAAGACGAUGAAGAGGUGAAGCUAAAAUGUUCUGUUAUACCAAAUGAUCCAUGUAAACACAAUGUGAAGUGGCUUCUAAAGGGUCAAAGUAUUGAUGAACAUAACACAGAUAUGGAGACAAAAUACUCUGCUUGUGCUGCUGAAGUCACCUUUAAAACUUCACAUUAUGUUUAUGAUCUGGGCCGUUAUAAUUCACUGCAAUGUGAAGCAGGAGAGUCUGGAGGAAAGCAGCAGCAGUUUUCCUUCAGAGCUCAAACUACAGGGAAGAAAAAUAAAAUACCUGAAAACAAUGAGGCAGAACAACCAUCUGGUUUGUGGUGGGUCUACGUCGUCAUAGUUGUCGCUUUGGCAGCUUUCCUGUUAGCUGUCGGGUUUUUCAUGAAAAGGAAGAAAAAUAAAGGAAAUAAAACACGAGUGAACUCACCCCCUGCAGCUUCUCAGUCUGCUUCAGAAGUGAACCAGGAUCCAGAUGAACCUGAUGCAACCAUCUCUUAUGCUUCAAUUAACCUCCCAAAGAAGAACAACAAUCAGGUUCGGGGAAGUGAUGCAGCAGUGACUUACAGCGCCGUUAGAACAGGAGCAUCGCCUGAUCCAAGCCACCUCUAUGCUUCUGUUACAUAACCAAACUGGUAUUUUGGUUAAUUUAAAAGGAAAUAACUGGAAUAAGAUUUUUAAAGCAACCAAAACACAAUAUAUUAACUUUAUUUAUAGGGUAUAGACUUUGAGGACAAUUUCAUACAUGAGCUAUUUCAAUUUAAAAUGUAAAACUACAUUAAAAAUGUUGUCUUAAAACAAUAAAAAAUGC